CACCGCCCCGAAAGACCACGCGAGUUCCUGAUCCAGGCGCUGGAAAGGGUGAAGGCCGGGAAACAAGCCGAGGGGGAGUACCCGUACCUCAUGGACGAGGCCAACUUGGCCGCCAUGUUCGAGUUGCUGGAUGUCGUAGGCCAGGGCCACAUAACGCCAGCACAGUACAGAGAAGCUCUUAAAACUUUGGGACUGAGCACUGAAGAUCUGCAGUUUGGAGAUGAUAUGAAUAUCACCCUGGACGUAUUCAAGGAAGAAGUGUAA